AUGAGCCUGUCCCUCAACGACGAUGUUCUCUUCCUUGUUACCUCUUUUCUCCAUCCACUCGAUGCUCUCCGCUUGUCCGAGACCUGUCGCCAUCUCCAUCUCAUUGCGCUCCCUCAGGCACUUUCGUCCAUAGUUCGCGGGACGUGCCUCCAACUCACCGCAUUCUGCAGAUACAUGCUCAGCAGCCCGCAAACCCGCAUGCAUCUUUUGCGCGCGAUCGUCAUCGUAGCUCCUGUGGGCGACGUUCCCAACGCAGCACUCCUCGCGGACGUGUUUGAGCAGGCUCUCAGACUGCGGUCGAUCCACAUGCAUCAUUCGGACACCUUCAUCGAGGCGGAACCGCGGAUCGGCACUGCCCUCGCUGCCCUCGAGGACCUCGAGGACGUCACUCUUUUUGAUGCUCGCGAGCAUGUGCGGGAGAUGCUCCCUAGACUGCGCAGUAAGCCGCGGAAAGUCCAGCUUCUCUGCCCUAUGGAGUAUCCUCGGCUUGUACUCCAUCUCUCUCAGCUUUCUACUCUGCGACACGCAGUGACGCUUUCACUAUUCAACAUCACGAUCGAAGAUGACACGCUUGUGGGCCAACCGGCGGCGCCUUUCGUGGCGUUGGAGUACCUCAGCCUCCAGUAUGCUCAGAUCCCCGCAGUUUUAUUCUCGUUCCGAAAUCUUGACCGUGUGGAGGUGUGGCUGGGCGAGAUAUUGGGACCCGCACCGGAUGUGAUUCUCUCCCCUACGCUGGGCACUGUCCGCAACGUAAGCCUUGACGCAUCUUGGAUCAGGACCGCGAUGACAGAAGAGGGCAUUGUACAAGCACUGCGUGUACUGCAGUUCGUCCCGCCCCUGAUGCUCACACUGAAAAUCUUCGCAUACCCGUUGCGUCCAUUCUGGACAUGCCUCGUCGCGCUUUCUCCACAACUCAGGUAUCUUCAUCUAGAGUUGGAUACCAUGAGAGCGCUUGAAAAUGGUGAUCGACUGUUUGUCCCUGUUUCUGAAUGGCUGUACGUAGUACCCCCACUCCUCGCCUCGUUGAACCUCCACUGUCUCCGUAUCUCUGUGGCGGAUACGGGCUUUGGGCACACCGUGCCACAGAUGAGAGACCUACUCUGGAAACAUAUAGGUCCCUCGCUGCGCUACAUAUCACUGAAAUCUACGCCUCACCCGCAUGUGGACUGGCAGACCAGGUGCGAAUAUUCAUGGUGGAUGGUCGAGGGAUCUGGUGACGCACGGAGGCUCGUGGCGAUGUCCGUCGAGGCUGGAGAGGCGAUUCAUGAAACUCUCUGCUCUGCACCCACCGAAUAG